GUCACUUGCUCCACACGUUUGUUCUCGUCAGUCUCAAACGAGAUGGAAAACUCUCUGUUGAUGACUUUUGUGGCACUCCUGCUCUUUGGAGCUCGAGUAAUCAUUGCGCAAUCAACAAACACCACCCUGACAAAUAAUACAACUCCAGCAGCUCCAUGCAUACCCCCUACCCCAUCAACCCCAUGCCAGAACUUCACCGAAUAUAUCCCUCUGCCUCCUAUUCUGGCUCGGGUGAGGAUAUCCUGGAAGAUGGGGAGUCAGUGUGAUGGUCAGCUGUUUCUCUUACCCUCUGAAAAACAGGAGGCUUCCUUGUGCUUCGACAGUAACUUACCAGAAACAUGGUUGCGCGGACUUUGUAAGGACACUAGAUGUGGAAAAUAUACGAGCUUUAAGCGCAUAUCAGAAUAUGCAGAAGGUUAUUUUGUGCAUAGCAAUAUGACAUUGAACAAAACUUGGUGCCGUGGACGGCAUCUCACUUGCGAAGACCCUUUAGGAAAAGAAUUGGCUGCCUAUAAAGCAGUAACUGCCAUAUUGCUUCUCUUCAUCUUCAGUGUUAUUCUGCUUCAGUUUGGCCGGCCCACGUACAAAGCCAUCCGCAAAAGAUUUUCACAAAAACGGCAGAAUCGAUGGAUCGGCCCGACUCAGACUCAAAGUGUUUCCUAUCACAGAGGUCAAGCUGGUGGUCACCUAGACAACAAUACAGUAAAGCGACAGUCCUAUCCUGGUUUGGAGAAGCUGUCGGUAAACGCUAGUAGGGAGCCCUCGUCCAACAGAAACAGUGACUAUGAUUCAUAUGGAUUUAAUUGAAGACUUGUGCUGACAAAUGACAUAUUUAGUGUUUGGAGAGCAGACCAGUCUGUGUCCCAAGUCUCAUAUUGAAUCAGCGACAUUACUGUGAGCCUUCAGUUGAGAUGACAUUUAGCAAGUUGUGCACUGUGUACAUAUGUUUGAGAAGAACAAAGAACCUGAGAAAUCCAUUUAGCGUAGAUUUUUUAUUUACCAUCAAAGCAGUUCAUUUGUAGGCUUUGUUUAGUUUUUUUUUUUUUUUUGCAUUCACCUGUUUUUCAUGUGUACUUUUGUAAAAAGUGAAACUGUGCAGUUGGUAUGUUUGGUAUUCCUACUUGAUCUAAAAUUCUAUGUUGUUGGUGUUUAAUUAAUGUUGUCAGGUUGAUUCAGUCAUAUUAAAUACUUACUUAAAUAAAAUCUGUUCAUUUUGAAUGACCUACAUUUUCUAAAUUUAGUUUAUGUUGAUGUUGACCAAUGUGAUAUUGUUUUACUGGUCAAAAAUGUGCCAUUUUUGUUAUUUAUGAUUG